AUGGAACUUUUAUUAAUUUUAUCAAAACUUAACAACGAUGAUGAUAAGCCAUUAAUAACCGACGAUAUUCAUUUACAAUCGACCUCAGGCACAGGUCAGUUGAAUCAAGGCGUGAUUAAACCUACGAGGGAUUUGGCACAGGAACCAGUGUCCAACGAAUUUGAUAGGUCGAAUUUAGUUAGUAGUCUAGGGAUGGGGGGUUUUCAUGCACCUCAGGAAAGAUCCAUUGAAAGAGUUGGUAGGUGGAACGUACAGUUUACUGGUGAGCGUUGUGGCACAUCAGUCAACUCAUUCCUAGAGAGGGUUGAAGAACUAAGGGUCGCUCGUGGUGUUUCAGAAGCACUACUUUUUCGUUCGGUAGUUGACCUUUUGACAGGUCAAGCCUUACUUUGGUAUAGGUCCAUUAGGGAAGAAAUUUCAAACUGGUCAGAAUUUGUAGAUGCCUUGAAAUACGAAUUCUUACCAGCAAAUUAUGAUGAUCUACUACUGGAACAGAUCAAUCGUAGGACUCAAGGGAAGGGAGAGUCGUAUGGUGCAUAUUUGGCCACCAUGCGAACCUUAUUCAAGAGGUUAGGUGAACCACUAUCUGAAAGGAGAAAAGUUGCGAUUCUUCUGAAAAAUUUAGACCCAUUUUAUCAAAAACAGAUCGGUUUUCAUAAACCUCAAUCUGUUAAGGAAUUAGCUGCUUUAGGUAGGGAUUUAGAGACUCUUAGGGCAAACAUUGAUAGCUUUGAGCCACCGGCUCGAAAUCGAAAUUGUGUGGAACCUGAACUCGGUUACACUGCAGGACCGGCAGUACAACCGAAAGUCGCGGCUGUUGCUAGGGACGAACAACCAGUCAGAGUAGUAGAAUCUGCUAGGUCGCAGCCUAACAGAUCCUCUCAAGCUGAUGGCUCUGUUCGAUGUUUUAAUUGUGGGAAGGUAGGACAUUUCUCUACUAGAUGUUCCACUCCUAGAAAAUGUUUUGGUUGUGGUGCUGAGGGGGUCACCAGAAGCAAUUGCAAAAGGUGUUCGGGAAAUGCUCAACGGGCUCGCGCGCCAGCAGGGCGGGAGUUCCGAAGGAAUUAG